AUGGCGAAAAAUGUGAAAGACGCUGCAUUUUCUUUCGACGAGUAUUACAUUGAAGAAACAAAGAGAAUAGCUGAACAGCAUGGGCUAGAACCCCUCGUAUCUCACCUGCAAGGAAAACUAACUGAAUCUGACAAUGUCAACAUUAAUAUUGCUGUAACGGGCAUAUCUGGUUCGGGGAAAUCUUCAUUUAUCAAUACCAUUCGAGGUAUGAGAGCUUUCCAUGAGGGAGCUGCCAAAGUUGGCUUUGUACAGACAACAAUGGAACCGAUAUCAUAUCCUUUUCCAUUAGAUGAAAAUGUUAAAAUUUGGGACCUCCCUGGUGUUGGAACACCAGAUUUUACACAACAAAAGUAUGUCCAGCAAACGGAACUUGAUACGUACGACUUUUUUCUUAUCUUUACACAUAAGCGCUUCACUGUCCACGAUUUGUGGUUAGCAAACAAGGUCAAAGAGAUGAAAAAGAAAUUCUUCUUUGUGCGUACUCACUUCGACAGUGAAUUGAUGGCUUGUGAGAGGAAUUUCCCUGGCAGAUACAAAGAGCUUGAACUACUAGAAGAAAUAAAGGAAGACGUCAAGAAAUAUGUAGAAGGAGAAAAAACAGAAAGUCAACAAGUGGAGAAACCAGAGUAUGUUUAUGUUAUAUCCACAAAUUUCGAUGAUACUAAAAAGUGGGAAUAUGGCAAAUUGGUGGAGGAUAUGAAAAAUGCUCUUCCUGACGUAAAGUGUCAAGUGUUAACCCUAGCCCUUUGGGAUCUCUCAGAAGAUUCGAUGAAAGAGAAGAGUGCUGUUUGGAGAUCACGUAUUUUGCCGGAUGCUUUGGCCUGUGGUGCCACAGGGGCAACCUACCCGUUUAGAGGACCAUUGCCAGGUGAUAUGUCUUUGUUAACUGAACUAGAAAAUCGUGUUAGAAAAAGCUUUGGGUUAGACGUUGCCUCACUUAAACGCCUUUCCAAACGAACCGGGGUCCCUUUGGAAAAAUUAUUGACGCUGGCAAAGGGUUGCUUUGACAUAUCUGCUUGCAAUACGAUCGAAGAAAUCAUCUCAAUGUUUGGACUUGCGGGUGCUUCAUUUGCCUUUCCUCCUGGUAGUCAGUUGGCCCUUGUCUUUUCCUCGGCAGUUGCCGGCGGUGCAUCCCUUGGAAUGGCACUGUUUGUUCUUCCAAAAAUGUUGGAUCGCAUGGAGAGGGUUGCAAUAGAUGUUAUCAAAACGACGUUAGCGUUCCAAAAUAAUGACGCUCGUAAGAAGUGA